AUGUCGGUUCAAGUGCUCAUGGAUUGCUUGAAAGUUUUUGGAGCGAAAUCGGGGCUGCAACUUAAUGUGUUCAAAUCAAAUAUCUAUUUUGCGGGGGUUUCCGAGCAGCAGGGCGAGGAUAUUCAGCAAACGACGCACUUGGUUAAGGGAGUUAUGCCUUUUCGGUACCUUGGUAUCCCUUUGUCUGCAGCACGUCUCAAGGUUGUGCAGUAUGGGCCUUUGCUUGACAAGAUCUUGGCUUAUAUUAAUGCCUGGACGGGGGCCUCGCUUUCUUAUGCGGGUCGGGCUGAGUUAAUUCGAGCGGUCCUACAAGGCGUGGAAUGUUUUUGGCUUUCUAUUUUCUCCAUCCCGGUCACGGUUAGAACCGCAAUUAUUAAAUUAUGCCGUGCAUUUUUGUGGGGAAAGGCAGGAGCGUCCGUGGCAUGGAAGAAAUGUUGCCUUCCGAAGACCGAGGGAGGUCUUGGAUUGAGAGAAUUAGGGGCUUGGAAUGCUGCCCUUAUUACGAAGAAUCUGUGGGAGAUUCAAUCCAAGAAGGACUCGUUGUGGGUUCGGUGGGUUAAUUGUGUAUAUUUACGGCAACAAUCUGUUUGGGAAUGGGUUCCGGGCCGACAAGACUCAGCUUUUAUUAAAUACCUGGCUUCUAUUCGAGAUCAGAUCCGAUUGCAUUUUGGGUCGGAGGAGUUGGCAAUCGCUAAUUUGACCAAAUGGUAUGGUCUGCCCGGUAAGGGGUCUGCCGCUGCUUAUGAUUGUUUUCGUCCGAGGGCUGCUCCUCGUCCGUGGGCUAAUGUGGUCUGGUGUCCAACUAUUACACCGAAACACUCGUUUAUUCUGUGGCUUGGUAUUCUGUCCAGGCUCAAGACCAGGAAUCGAAUCAAGCACGUGGAGGUUGAAAAGUCGUGCAUUUUUUGUACGGAGCCUGAAACUGUGGUGCAUUUGUUUUUCGGAUGCACGUUUACUUACAACAUUUGGAGCAUUAUUCGGGAAUGGAUGGGCUUCCCUCGGGCUGCAACUACGCUCAAGAGUGCUUUGAAAUGGCUGAAGAAGGAGGCUCGUGGCUCAUGUUGGCGGCAAAAAGCGAAGAAGGUGGCCCUUGCUUGCACCGUUUAUCAGAUUUGGAGUGCUCGCAAUCGGAAAAUUUUUGAGAACGAGACGCCUAGGAUUACUGAGAUGGUGCGUAAGAUCAAGAUACUCGUUUACAAGACGGUUUUUGCCUUGUUUCCGCAAUCAGCUUUGCAAAUCGUGCAUCCCUGAUUGUUUUUUGAUCUUUGGUUUGCACUUGACCCUUUUUGAUCUUUGGUUUGCACUUGACCUGUGGGGUCUUGUUCAUGUAUAGGCAUUGAUAUAUAUUUUUUUGAUUACACUGCCUGGGUAUGCCCAGUGUAUUUGUAAAGUCCGUUUUGAUCUAUAUAUUUCACAUUUACCGAUCAAAAAAAAAAAAAAAAAAAAAAAAAAAAA